UCCCCUCUCCAAGCGGAAACCUACCCCCUCUUCUUCCUCCGCUUCUCUCUCUCUCUCUCUCUCUCUCUCUUUCUCUCUCCUCAACCGUGCGGCUGCCUCCUCCUCGUCGCUGGGCAUGGAUGUGCACCCGCCGAAUGCGGCCGCCUCCUCGCUGGAGGAGUUGUUCCCGCACCAGCCCGCCACGGAAAGUGAUAGAAGUGGCAUAGAGUGGCUCUCUGUCUAUGUAGAGGACUGCUUGUCAACCUCUGCAUCCUGCACAAACCCUGUCUCUGCAGAACUACCGCCUAUUACAAUGGCAAGUCAAGGUGCUGCAAAACCAAAGUUACCACCACGCUCAUCUACCAAUGCAAGAAAAAAGAAAAGGAGCCUGGCAUCUGUCAUAAGCGACACUGAUGACCAACAUUGUAUCACGCUGUUUGUCGAGCCACCGCUACUCCUGCUCGAUCAUAAGGACUGGCUAGCAGAGAGUGAGCUUAUCCUCCCCAAGAAGGACAAAGAUGAAGAACUUGUCCAAGAGCAAGAACAAGAGGAGGAAGAGAAUUACAAAAUGAGUGCAGGAAUGCAAUUCCAGCAGGAGCAACUGGUGAUCACUUGUAGCUAUUGUUUGUCCAGCCAAUCACCACAGUGGUGGGAUGGUCCAUCAGGGCCUACCUGCGAUGCUUGUCGUCUGAGGAUUGAGGCGAGGAAUGGGCACACCACCAGUUCCAAGAAGCGCUAUGGCCAAGAGAUUGACAAAGAACAGGACAUAGGAAAGCGGCGAGAUAAGAAGAAGAUCAAGAAGGCUGUUUAUGUGAAUGAUGAGCUGCUAUCGGAGGAGCCAAUGAAGAGGUGCACCCAUUGCUUGUCCUACAAGACGCCACAGUGGAGGACCGGUCCCUUGGGGCCUAAGACGCUAUGCAAUGCUUGCGGUGUGAGGUUCAAGUCUGGCAGGCUGCUGCCGGAAUACAGGCCUGCUAAUAGUCCAACUUUUGUGAGUGACAUACACUCCAAUUCUCAUAAGAAGGUCAUGCAGCUGAGGAAUUCUGUUCCACACCCAAGGAAGUGAACUGGUGGUCGGGAACGUCUCGAUCUGUUGCGUUUAGUUUUAGGAACUCUUCAGUUGUAGAAGUAAGCUGAUAGUGAAGAACAUCUUAAUCUGUCUCAUUGAAUUUUAGGCGGGCUCCUUGGUCGUAGAAGUGAGCUGAUAAUCACAUCUCAAUCUGCUGCAUUGAGCUUUUAGGGGCUCUCAGCCUUAGAUGCUGAGAAAACGAAAGCAGAAUCUAGUUAGGCGUCAUGAACUCUUUGUUAGCUCUAGCCGUUUUUUAACUUGAGAAAUUAAUCUGCUAGUUGUUGGAGAUCAUCAGUUUAAUACCAAUGGGUGGUUGCUACCUUUGUUAUCCCACCAUUGUCUUGCA